UUAGAUUAGGAUUAUUCAGUUCGAGUUAGGUUAGAUUAGGUUAUGUGUCAUCGCGCGGAUGGAAAACAUACGAGUUUUAUUGAAUUUCUCAAAAUAAGAUGAUAAGAGACUGGAAGGACGUGCAAUCAGUUGAAGAACUGAUUAAAUGUACAAACGUUUGUGACGGAACCGCAGUCGUGUUGAUUCUCUCCGCGUGCGGAUUGCCCUAAUAAGAGGCGCGUAUGCUGUGAGGAUAACGUCUGUCGCGCGAAACGCUUGGCAUGGAUUAUGCAACGAUCGUCGACGACGCGGUCAGGCAAUUUUACUCGGCGGGCAACAACGAGGCGCACUCGUGGCUCCUGCGGGUACAAACCUCCCCCGAGGCCUGGCACUUUGUCUGGCAACUUUUGGAUCCUUCCAAGUCAUUUGAAGUACAAUUUUUUGCGGCGACGACUCUGCACGCGAAGAUAUCCAAGCAGUGGAAUGAAGUGCCUGAAAUUGAGUAUCCGGUAUUAAGGGAACGUUUGCUCAAUAGUUUGAGAAGACCCAACACUCCCUCAUGUAUUCUUACGAAGCUUUGUCAGGCAUUAGCUGCAUUUGUGGCCAAUGUCUACAGUGGGGGAAACGGGGAAAAGGAUAGGAGUAUAGUGGAUGAAUUGCUGGAUAUUUUACCUUAUAAUUCCCCAUCUGCAUUAGAAUUAUUGCUUCGAGUACUCUCAACACUUCCUGUUGAGUAUGAGAAGAAACACGAAGCGAAGAGUGCCAAACUGCGGGAAGCUCUUGUUAACUUGAUCAACAGCUGGUGCCAAACCGUAUGGUUUCUGCAACAGGUUUUUUCAAUGUGUAAUCCAGAUUCUCAAGGCAAUGACAGUGUAUUAUAUUCUUUAGCAUUGGAAUGCGCUCAAGCGUGGCUUAAGGUUGGUCAACUACCUUUAGAAACCACUGGCCAAAUCUAUCCUUAUUUAUUAGUGGCUGCAGCUCAUUACGCACCUAACAGAGAAGAAAGUCAUGAUGACAUUGAGAAUAGUAAGACAUGGGAUAUAGUACAAGAGUGUUUAAUCAUGAUUGUAACUCACUAUGAGCUUCAUAAACGACCUCAGACGUUCUGGGAGUGGGCCAGAAGCCUAGUAUUAAUGGCAAAGCAAUACAAUAGAAAGUUCUUCUGCGAGAUAUUAACUGCUAUUGGUGAGGCUCAUAGUCGAGCGUUUUUGAUUGCUCUGGUUGAGAAUUCCGAUGAGGCACAUACGUGGACGGCUAUGGGACUGAUCGAGUUGCUAUUGGAAUGCUCGGAACAGGAGGGACGUUAUCCUACGGAUGAGACGCGUAGUUGUAUCCCAUUUGGAUUCUGGUACGCAUUGCAGGAUGAUCUCGCCACGCUGGAUCAACCAUUGGAGAACCGAGCUCUAGAAGCGUUAAAGCCUAUCUAUUUCCGAUUAGCUCAAGCAUUGCUGCGAAAAUCGACAUUACCUAUAUCUCCGAACGAGCGAGGGAAUGCGGAUGAGCGCGAGCUCUUCAGAUGUUACAGACAAGAUGUGGCGGACACGUUGGAUUACUGCUACAGUGUUCUCGGAAAUGAUCUUUUGGCACUUCUUGGACAAAGAUUAAGCAUGGAGGAUUCAUCUUGGACCCAUGUAGAAUCAACAUUGCAUGCGCUUAAAGCUCUGGCCGAAAGCGUUGGCACGCAAGAAUGUCGUUAUAUUCCUGCCCUGAUAAACUUGAUUCUCACUCAUAUACCUUACCAUCUUUAUCCCGAAGAGGUACUGACGUGCGCUUGUUCGACGCUGGGCGCGUACGCCGAAUGGAUAGGAGAGCAUCCCGAACCUUGGCUGGAAAAAGUACUACAACUUGUUACUCAAGGAUUGACCAACGGCUCCGCGACAGCACCGUUCGCGAGUAUGGCACUGAAAGAUAUUACGAGAGAAUGCGGACCAUAUCUCGCUCCUUUUGCACCGUCCAUUCUUCAUACCAUUAGUCAGACACUACCGAAUGUUGAACCCGGUGGUGGAGAGGGCUUGCGGCUUAUGUACGCGGCCGGAAAGUUGCUUAAUGUGUUGUCUUCGAUGGAAGAGCAACUCGUGCAUCUGGAAGCGACGUUAGGAUUGUGUCUGACGAAGAUAAAGGAGCUAUUGGGUCAGCCGUUAUUUACAGCGCGGCUUGGCGUGACGAAUUACCUGAGAAUGGUCACUAUGUUUUUUAGCACGAUUGAGGGUGCGAUCGGUAAGGCUGUGUUGGAAGGUGUGCUGCCAGUAUUCAAUCAGAUCAUCACGCAUCCCGAGUGGAGCCAGGACAAUACCACGUUGGAGGCAAUGCACAUGUGUGCAUUGCGAUCCCUGCCGGCAUUGCGGCAGCCAGAAAUCGAGGCGCGACCCUUGCUGACGAUUUUGUCAACUUCCUACAAGAUCUGGCCGCAUCCAGCCGCGUUAAACUUGUUAAAGCAGCUUGUAUUGCUGUUCGGCAGAGAUCCGGAUAACAUUGUAAGUCCGGUGCUCGCGGAGAUGAGCUUAAUAACAUUGAAUGGCGUGAAGGCGUGUAGAUUGGUGCAAGGUGAUCUGUCCGAGUGGUCAGAACUGAUGGAGGCAUAUAUGGGCGUGCUCGCACAGAUCUGCAAGAAAAAUGCUAGACUGUUGCUACAAUUCCCGGAUCAAAUACCAGAUAUGUUGCAAUGCGGGAUUGCUUGUUUAACACUUCCCGAAACACCUACAGCCAAGGCGGCGGGACAUUUCCUUAGUCAUGCGAUCGUGCAGAGCCCGCAUCUGCAGACAUUUAUUCAACCGAUCGGACAGGAACUCGUCUCCGCGAUUUUGCAUUGCGUCGGUGGAGCGGUGCCUCAUAAUAAUUUGGAACCUCACGCCGAAGUUCUAUUGGCGUUGAAUAAAACGUGUCCGGAAUGGACCGCACAAUGGUUACGUGCCGGAUUAGAGAAUCAAAAAAACCUUGCUGCCCUUGUAAUACAGAAGGAUGAUAUCACACGCAUUCUACGUGAGAGAACAAAUAGGGGGCGACUUUGUGAUGUACUAAAGGAAUUUAGUAUUCAAUGUCGCCAGAAGACAGGACUAUGACAAUAGAACUUUCAUGAUAUCGAUUGGAUAAGUUUUACUGUAUGAGAUGAUCGAUUUAAGAUUAUAUGUAACACACAGAAAUUGACAUAAUUAAUAAUUUAUCUCUUCAUAAUAAACGAUGCAUAAUGUAUAUAAUCGUGUUUUAUACAGAUUUAUGCAUUUAUAUACUUAAAUUGUAAAAUAUUCAUCGAUUGUGUGAUAUAGAAGCACUUACAAUUAAUUUACAGAUAUGUACAGAAUAUACGGAAGUCGAGUGUCUAUGUGGUGCAAGAUAAAAAUAGCGAUAAGAAAAAAAUUUACAAUGAAAAUAGUAGAAUACAAAAAAAAUGUAUAUAUCUAAUACCUUUCUGUUUCGAGGAAUAUAAAUUUAAAAUGAGAAAGCUAUUUUGAAUUCUUCAUUUCUCUUUUUAAAAGUGCGUGAAAUAAUUUGAAGGAAUACAACAAAACUGAUAUAAAACAGAUCGAAUAAUAAUUAAAAUUAAUAGUAAUUAAAAUUAACAACGUAAUAAUAAUUCACAAUUUAAAUACAGGAUUGUUAUGAAAUGAGGAAGAAAUAUAAAACGAAUUGAAAA